AUAAAGUUAUCCAAGCGUAAACAUUAACGGAUGGAAGAAAAAUAGUUAUUAAAAAUAAUACAAAAAAUAUAAAUAAUCAUUAACAUAAUUUAUUAAAAAAAUAACAAUGAUAUUCACCGAUAAAUUCCAAAGAUUCCAAAUAAGAUUAUCACUCUUAAUGUUUAUAUUGUUUCUUGUCAUCAAUAAUACCGAAGCGGGUAGGGACCGAGAUCGAGGUCCACGAUGCGAGAAGCCAGAUUAUAUUGCAAAUGGUAGCUAUCGCAUAAGACGCGAUAGAGUAAUGAGAAUUACUUGUAAUAGCGGGUUUCACUUACAGGGACCUAAAACAAUUGACUGUGUACGUGGGAAAUGGGAGGGAGAAAAACCUGUUUGUGCAAAAAAAGGGUGUUCAAAAGACUUGGAACAACCUGAAAAUGGUCGUAUACAAAUCGAUAAUGAGGUUAAAGCGAUCUUGUACUGUUCGGAUAAUUACAAUUUAGCUGGAAAUCGGCACUCUUAUUGUAAUGGCACUCACUGGGAUCGACCUAUUGGAAACUGUCGUGAACGCAAAAAUGUCGUUCAACAUGAAUGUGAUUUUGAAACUGAUGAUAUUUGUGGUUGGACAUACGAGCCGCGCGAAGGACUAGAAUGGAAGCGAGUUAUGGCGGCAAAUGUCUUUACCACUUUUAAAACUGGACCGCGCCAUGAUCAUACCACAUUAACCGCAAAUGGUGGUCAUUAUAUGCUAAUGGAGAGUCUCACAAGACUUAACGAUGACGUCACCCUCACUUCACCCAUAUACGAUCAAGGUUUGAGUUUAAAAACAGCAUGUUGUUUUCAAUUUUAUUACUUCAUGUAUGGCGCUGGUGUCGGAGAUCUGUUUGUUAUCGUGAAGCCGGUAUCGUUGACUUUGGACGACUUGUUAAAAAAACAUAAAGAAUUAAUUAAGUUUCAAAAAUAUGGUAAUCAAAAUAACAUUUGGAAUGAAGCACAUUUUAACAUAGAAGAAUUAAAGGAAGACUUUCAGAUAUUGUUUGUGGCCAAGUCAGGUCGCGGACAAUUGAGUGAUAUAGCUAUAGAUGAUGUUAAACUCUUAACUGGCGAUGAUUGUAGAGCUCUGGACAACAAAGAGGAGGAAGAACAAUCUAAUGAGGAGUACGAUUCUACAACAUACGAAUCGAUAUUUGAAAUGCAGUCAUGUGCAGGACGGUGUUUUGAUUCACCAGGAGCUGGAAUUAUUCGUACCUCUGGCCAUCUUAAAGGGUUGUGUAAUUGUGAUACUGAUUGCGAAGAUAACGAAACAUGUUGUCCAGAUUUUCGCACAAUAUGUUUAAGUGAGUUAUUUGCGCAAUCGACAGUUUAUUCUAUAGUAGAUGAGACAACCCAGAAAAAUGAAGCAGUGAUCAGUAGUAAUACUACUGCUGCACAAACUACGUCUACAAGUACUACAAAAAAACUAACUACAGCAACUACUCCUUCCACUACAAUUAACACUACACCAACUACAAUUAAAACAACACCAACUCCAGUAAAAACCACGCUAACUACACUGAAAACUACUUUAAUCACUACAAAAACUACCCCUACUACAGUUACUACUACAACAACUUCUACCACACCAAAGCCUAAAAUUAUUGUGACAACAAAAACUACUCCAAAAACUACAACGAAAACAACGCCAAAACCAACACCGUCAACAACAACAACUACUUCACGUAAAAUUACCACCAAAACUACAGCUAAAGCAACAGCGACAACUACUACCACCACAACACCAGCUCCCACAACAACACAACCUAAAACUAUCACACCUAAAAUCUCUAAAGAUGCGACUUCUACCAAAAAAACAAUUCCUUCAUCAAAGCCCGUUGAAUACGUUAUAAAUGACAAAUCCAAAUCCGAAAAUACACACAACGGCUCCAGUCUACUGCUGUGUGUAUUUGUGAUACUAGCAGUCAUUAUUUUAGCCGGUGCUAUAUAUCGACGUUUUGGUGACAAAGCUGUAGCCUGGUACAUGAUCCACUUUAAGCAAGGCAAUCGCAACGACGAGGACUCGUCGUCAGUAUCAACGAGUUUUAAGCGGACAGAAGCGAAUUGUAGUGAUAUUGGCAAAAACUCAAAGGGCAACUGGCAUGUUAAAUCGAAAAAAUCAAGUACAAAAUAUAAUAUGAAAACUCCAUUGGUAAAUGAUGAUGACGAAGAUGAUGAUGAUAAUUGUGUAAAUGGAAAUAUUGCUUUAAAAAAUAAUAUUUAUACAGAAUUAUAAAAAUAUAUACAUAUUUAUUUUAAGUACCUUUCU